AUGGUCUUCCUCCCAAAAGCACGGCAUGAAUGGAUCAAUCUAAGGCUCCAACAUUUCAAGUCAGUUACGAAGUACAAUUCUGAGAUGUUCAGAAUUACUUCUAUAUUGACACUAUGUGGAGAGACGAUAAGUGAUUCUAAUAAGCUUCAUGCCUUGGAUGUGCUCCUGCAGCAGCAAUAUCGAGAGAAAGGUUUCAUAAAGUACUGUAAUUUGAUUGCUCAUAUUCUUGUGGCUGAAAAAAAUAAUGAUUUGCUGAUGAAAAAUCACGAGAAUCGGCCUACUGGUGUUGCACCAUUCACCGAAGUGAAUGAGGUGUACGCCCACUACUCUAGGCGUGAAAAAGGUUGUGGCCCUAGUCGUGGUCAUGGUCGUGCUCGUGAUAGUGGUCGUGGUCGUGAUAAUGGUCAAGGAAGAAAUUCUUCUCUUAGUGUUAAUCAUUCAUCAAAGAAGAAUCACUACUAG